CAGACACAGGAUCUCCACUUGUGUUCUUCAAAAGAAGGGAAGGCAAGAUGAAGAGCUCUUUGUUGCUGUGUGUGGCCUUGGCUGUCUCCUUGGGGGUCAUCCUUGUAGCAGGUUAUCCAUGGGAACCGGAGGACAAGGAUUAUGUGCUAGUCAAUAACAAGUGUCAGUGUGUAACAGUCACCUCAAAGCUCAUCCCCUCCAAAGAGAAUCCUAAUGAAGAAAUUGUGGAGAGAAACAUACGCAUCCUAGUCCCCCUGAAGGCUCGAGAAAACAUCUCUGACCCCACAUCCCCACUCAGAACCAAUUUUGUCUACCGCAUGACUGAUCUCUGCAAAAACUGUGAGCCUGUAGAAACUGAGCUGGGUGGUAAGAUAUACCAGGCCCAGCAGGGCAACUCCUGCAAUGAACCUGAGACCUGCUACACCUACAACCGGGACAAGUGCUACACCACAACCCUCCCCUUCCUCCACCGCGGGGAGAUUCAAAAGGUGCCAGUAGCUCUGACACCAACAUCCUGCUAUGCUGAUUAGCUCAACCCACUGCUCCACUAGUGCCUUGUCACACACAGUGUUCCUUUCCAAAAUACAUGUAGAGCAUCCUUAGUACUUGGGCAACAGUGUCUAAAAUACCAGCUCCCAGAGUAAUGCCAACCUGCCUCUCCAUCUGGUUUUCAACAUCAGAUCAGUGCCUCCUCCCCAGAGCAGCUACUGGUUGUUACAGAUUGUUCUCAUAUCCCUGGCACAUUCCUGACAUGUCAUGAUUACGUCUCAGAUGUUAUCACCAGAUCCUCAUCAGAUGUAAAUCAGUAAUUACCUUGAAGUAAUGGGAAUGACAUCAUUUACAUCACUGAGCAACCUGUCUUUUCAGCUGUCUUCCAUCAGUCUCCAUAUGAGCAAGGCUACCAUGGACAUCAGUAGGAAUGUCCAUGUGUUUCCCUCCCUGACCAACCUGAAGCAAACCUCUGCACCACCUUUAAACAACACCCUUUGAUUACAUCAGCAGAAUUUGUGCCAUUAGUAGAAGGCUGUUGUACAAUCACAUUGGAGUGACAAGAUGAGGGAUGGGACCAGGAAUUCAGAUUUCCAAGUUACUUUACAAUUGGGCAUUCUAGCCCUUUCCAGCACUUCAACAAUUGCAAGCUUCUCAUUUUCACAUACAUUUAGAGAAGAUCAAAAGACAUCACUACCCUGAAGUGCUUUGCAAGGUUGCCAGGACCUCAGCUGUGCCAGGACUAGUAAGUACCCCUAGGACAAGUUAGGUAUUUCACUUUCCAUGCUUAUUUAGUAAUACUGCUGCCUUCUUCCACCCCUGUUCUCAGUUCAUUUGAUAAAAGCCUCACAAUUUAGCUCAGGUUUCUUUUCUUGUUCCUCAUUUUGCAUUUAAAGCUUCAGUAAAUUCUAUGAAGGUGCCUCAGUUGCUAGCCUAGGACCCUAGUCAGGGAUUCCUUCUUUCUUUCACACCAGUAGUCUUUUCUUCUUCAUACAAUAAACCCUCAUCAAAUAAAGGAGCUAAUUCUGUAUUGCACCUUACCUUAUUUAAGGUUUACACUCAGGGUUGCCCACAGAGACAUCAUGUAUAUGAGUAAGGUGUUAUGUUUGGGAUGGCUGGUAUCUUUCUCACUGUUGUCAGAAGUUGAUUGUAAAGCCUUAGGCUGUUCUGAAAAUCUGGCUACAUACAUCAUUGGAAUUAAUAAAACAGUAAAAACCUUAUUCCCAUAAUUGUAGCUUUGUUAGUAAAAAAUGAAAUAAACUUCUUUCUGCAGCA